AUUCACUAAACAGCAUGUUGUGCCUUAAAUUUGGAUUUCCAGUGUUCAUUCUUUUGGCUACGAUUGCCUGCGCAUUUGAAGAUGAGUCUAUAUUCGAAGAUGAGUCUAUAUUCGAAGAUGAAGACAUAAACAAUCCAGCAUUACCACCACUUCCUUUCACUGGCAUAACAGUACCAGGAACAAAAUGGUGUGGUCCUGGUGAUAGCGCUGCAGAUUACGAUGAUUUGGGUACACAGCGUGAGACGGACACAUGCUGUCGCGCUCACGACCACUGUGAAGAGAUGUUAGAACCAGGGCAAACUUUAUACGAACUGAACAGCACGGACUUAUUCUGUAUCUUGAAAUGCACUUGCGAGCAAAAUUUCUUAAACUGCUUGCAAGCCGCCAACGAUACGAUGUCAAGUACAAUGGGACGCGUCUACUUUAGCGCAAGGAAAAAGUGUUUCGCUAACGGUUAUCCAAUUAUUAGAUGCCACGAAUAUCAGAAUGGGACUUUCGUUCAACGUUGCAUCCGAUAUGUAGUCGAUAAGAAGCAACCGAAAAUAUGGCAGUUCUACGAUAUGCCGUUCUAUAGUUAUACGUAAAUAAUUUUAAAUUAAGCUUACCUUUUGCUCAAAAACCUUUCUAGCUUCCAGGCUUCGCUUCAAAAAGACUAA